UUGCUGAAGAGGAAUCAGGAAGCGCCUGGGUUCGACUUUCUGUCUGCGGAUGAUCGUCUCUCGAUCUUGGAUGACUGCACACGGGCCCCGGGGUCCUGCUGCUGUUCGGUGACAUGGAUCUCCAGGACUGGAUGUCCUUGCUGCCCGAGCAGCUGUGGGACACCCCGCUGACUCACCUGGUCAUACCUGGGAGUCAUGACACCAUGAGCUACUGUCUGGACAUCACCUCUCCUCUGGUGAGGUCUGAGUCUGACUCCUUCAGACUCUUGGAUCGACUCUGCUGCUGCUUCACCAGGCCGGUCAUCUAUCGGUGGGCUACCACACAGGAUAAAACUAUGGAGGAGCAGCUGUCUUUGGGGAUUCGUUACUUUGACCUGCGUAUCGCACACAAGCCUGAUGACAAAACCAGACAUCUCUACUUCACCCAUGUGAUUUACACUCAUGUUGUGGUCCUGGACACUCUGGCAUCCCUCGCCGCGUGGCUGGACUCCCACCCGAAGGAAAUCGUCAUCUUGGCUUGUAGCCACUUUGAAGGCAUGGACGACAAACUCCACCAGACUUUUAUUACAUCUCUCAAGAAGCUCUUCGGGUCGAAGCUUUGCCCAAGACAGGGGUCAUCGUUGACUCUGCGAGGUCUGUGGUCAUCUGGGCACCAGGUUAUAGUCUCCUAUGAAGCACCGAUUGCGUACCAGUACCAGGAACUGUGGCCAAGCAUCACGUACUGGUGGGCCAACCAGCGCACGGCUGAAGAACUCAUCAGCUACAUGGAGAAGAUGAAGAGAGCUGGACGACCCCGGAGCUUGUUCGUGACCGGCUUGAAUUUGACGGCCGAUCGGCAUUACAUCGCUGUGAACCGGAGACAAUCUCUGCGGACGCUGACUUACGCCGAGUGGCCGUGUCUGCAGGACUGGGUGGAGCAGCAGACUCCAGGAUCAGAUCCUCAUAGUCUCAACAUCAUCGCGGGAGACUUUGUGGGUCCACUUCCACUCAGCCGCCUGGUGAUCGACCUCAAUCACAAACUUCUGCAGAAGCACAAUGACCGGAUGGACAAGUGAAACAGCAGACUUGUGUCAUUCCCAAGUAUUUUUUAAUACUUUCAAUGUUCUUUAAAAAAUACAUUGAAAGUAUUUUGAAUACUUCUUUAAUUAAAAAUAUAUGUAUUUUGAUAAAUAAAUCUGCUGAUACUAUGAAGGCUUUAACUGACUCCAGACCAGCAUUUGAACAAACAAGUUCAAUGUCACAUCGCUCCAGCGAGAAACUGUGAAGGUGAUUGUUUACAAGAGUUACUCACUAGUUUGCCAUGCUCAGACACUCAACUGCAACAUGGAGAUUUACUGUCACGCACUGUUGUUGCUCCAGAUCAUGAAGUUGUAGUUUGAGUGACACAAACUACUGUGUUACCAGCCGUAUACUUGUAGUGUUGAGAGAUUUUCAAUAAACUGAUGUUGAUGAAAUAUAUCACCAUCUGGA